AUGUCGGCAAAGCUCCAUCCCCCAUCAAAGCCAUCACUCCCAAGACCGAACCCUCUGCCUCCUCUCAUCCAGACCCCCUCCGGCCUCGCCCUCCUCGAGCUCCAAGGCGCCAUCAACCUGCCGCAGUCCAAGGACGGCCAAGCUCUCAGCGGCAUCGAAAUCGGCAGCAUCGACUUCCCGGACUACGUGCCCGACGCCGAGGGCUCGGCGUGGAUGAGGCGCGUCCACAUGUACGUUGGCCGGCACCAGCGUCUGACGGGCGAGGUGAAGAAGCUGUCCAAGGCCAUUGCCGUGAUAAGACGGCGCGAGAACAGGGUUCUCGAGAACUCGUCGGGGACGUACCGCGAGCAAGGGGAGAACUUGGAGGUCGUCGAGAUUAUAAAGUACAAGAUUAUGUUUUCGAAUCGGCCGGAGCCCGUGGGCACGGCGAAUGCAUCUUGA